GUCGCAAGCGCGUCGGCAGAACUCAACUCACUACAAGUCUUUCGAAUUUCAUAAAAAAAUUCGAUUCCUUUUUUAAAUAACCCGCCAUUCAGUUUUAUGAGUUUUGUUUUUACAUAGACCGAGUUACGGCCAGUACCUACAAACUUUCACAAAGUUUGUUUAAAAGUUUUACUUAUUUUUUAUUUUGUGUUUUUGGAUUAUUUUAUGGACACAUUGUUGUUAUUCUUUGUUUCUGUGUUUAUGGUUUAACAGUGUUUAUGUUGCAAAUUAUUUGAAAUGUUAUGAGAGCUUUUAUUUUUUGGAGUUUUGCGGUGGUUUUGUGGGGUGUGGAAUUUUUUUGAAGUGUUCGGGGAGGAAUUUCGUACGUGGCUUUAUACAUAAUAGAGCAUCAUGAAUUUUUGGAAAGUUCUGUGUGCAUUAUUAUUGCUACUGCAAGCUGUAUCGGCAAAUUGGUGGAACUUGGCAGCACCAGUCCGACCGGCUGCGACCAAUAGCACAUCAUUGGAGACAUUCACAACCCUACAUAAGGAGAGCUGUCAUAGAUUAGAAUAUUUGGUCGAACGGCAGAAGCAGCUCUGCAUGUUGUCUGAUAAAAUGGUUCAGGUGUUACAAACGGGAGCGAUGCAAGCCGUGGAGGAGUGUCAGCAUCAAUUCCGGAACAGUCGGUGGAAUUGCAGUACGGUUGAGAACUCCACGGAUAUCUUCGGCGGAGUACUGAAAUUUAAAUCUCGAGAAGCCGCUUUCGUCCACGCUCUCUCGUCAGCUGCGUUGGCCCACUCAGUGGCUAGAGCAUGCAGUCGGGGCGAACUCAACGAGUGUUCCUGUGAUGCCCGAGUGAGGAAACGAACUCCAAGACAUUGGCAGUGGGGAGGUUGCUCGGAGGAUAUAAGAUAUGGAGAAAUAUUCAGUCGUGACUUUGUUGAUGCCAAAGAAGAUAAGGAAACUGAUGAAGGGCUGAUGAAUUUACAUAAUAAUGAGGCAGGACGUCGGGCGGUGCGCGGGCGCAUGCAGCGCGUAUGCAAGUGCCACGGCAUGUCGGGCUCGUGCUCGGUGCGCGUGUGCUGGCGCCGCCUGCCGCAGCUACGGUUGGUCGGCGACGCGCUCACCACGCGCUAUGAGGGCGCGUCGCAUGUUAAGGUCGUGGAACGGAAAAGGGGCAAGAACAUAAGAAAGCUGCGGCCGAUACACUCUGAUAUGAAGAAACCGAAUAAAACUGACCUGGUUUAUCUUGAAGAUUCUCCGGAUUACUGCGAACCUAAUGAUGAGCUAGGCAUCCUCGGCACCCGCGGGCGCACGUGCAACCGCACCUCCGCGGGGCUGGACGGGUGCCGCCUGCUGUGCUGCGGCCGCGGGUACCAGACGCGCGUGCGCGACCACGAGGAGAAGUGCCGCUGCCGCUUCGUAUGGUGCUGCCGCGUGCACUGCGAGAUCUGCCGCUCCAAGCGCGACCACCAUGUGUGUAAUUAAUUUGAAUUUGGAAUUUGGAACGGGCGAUUCGAAAAUGGAAUGUUUUAUUUGACUUCUAUGAUUCGGAUACAGAUAAUUCAAUUCAGUUUGCAUGCAUUGAAGCUGGAUUGAAUUAACGGUUUUUGAGGCGUUUUUGAGUAUGGAAUAUUUGUUUUGUGAUCACCACGUUUGUGACCAGUUACUCUUUGGAACGGACGAUUUGAAGUUUCAUUCAGUUCUUGAAUAUAAAAUUUUUGAUUUUUGGGAAUAUAAUAGUUUUACAAAUUGUUUCUUAUACAGGGCUACUCACACAAGGGUACCCCUGCAAUAUUGAAUACCUAUGUCAAAUAUAUUUUUUAAUGUCUUUUUUAAAAAUCAUUCAGACAGAGUUUUGAAAAUAAAAAGUUUUGUUUUUCAAACAAGAUAUUAAGAUUGCAAUUUGGAAAAUGAACUUUAAUUUCAAUGGAAACUUACAAUAAAAAUACCUGUUUUGUACCGAAAUGCUUAAAUUUGAUUAACAAACCAUAAUUUAAAAUGUAAAUUUUCAACUGGUUAAGAAUAGAACGCUCCAUUGAAACCGAAAAACGGUGAACAUUCGGUACAUGAAAAGCGUAUCAUAUCUGUUUUAUUUCACAGUUUGAAUUGAUUGUGUGUUAUGUUUUAUAUCGAAUUUUCCGCGAAACAAUCAAUAACCAAUCAUUUUAAAUUUUCCAUAUUGAUGUUUUAAAUACUAAAUUUCUUAUUUUAAUGGAAUUUUCUAUAUUUUGACAUUUCAACAUUUAUACAACUGUCAUCGUAAGGAGUUGUCAUUAAGGACACUUCCGUUAUUAAAAUGUUCGUAAUUGAGUAAUUUAUGUUAUUCAA